AUGGGAGACUAUACACUGGAUACUGAGUCUGUGAGCAUGCCUCGCUCGUCAGAGAAGCAGCCCGACGGUCUCACCUCUCAGCAAUCGAGUGGGGUUUUGUACCACCAGCUACAUAGAGAGCCUUUGAGUGUUGUCCGUGGUAAGGGAAGCUACCUUGUGACCAAUACGGGGCUCGAAAUCCUCGAUGCCACUUGCGGUGCAGCGGUUUCUUGUCUGGGCCACAGCGAUGAACGUGUCCAUGAAGCUAUCAUCGACCAGCUAAAGAAGAUACCUUACUGCUAUUCUCUUUACUUUACCAAUACUGCUGCUGAGAAUCUCUCAAAGCUUCUAGUUGAAUCUACAGGGGGCGUAAUGUCUCGAGCCUAUAUCGUCAGCUCAGGUACGGAGGCUGUUGAAGCAGCUGUCAAGAUGGCGAUUCAGUAUUUCACAGAGUUAUCUGUUCCAGAGCCCAGGCGGGUGAAGUUCAUCUCUCGACACUCAUCCUAUCAUGGAAACACACUUGGUUCACUCGCUGUGGGACACCACGCCUCACGGAGAAGAAUCUAUGAAAGCCUCCUCUCCCAAAACAUAAGCCAUGUUCCACAAUUCUAUCCCUAUCGCGGAAUGAAGCUGAAUGAAGCUACUGAAGAUUAUGUAGCAAGGUUAGCCCAAGAGUUAGAAGAUGAGUUCCAGAGGGUGGGCCCAAACACCGUUGCCGCUUUUGUGGCCGAAACAAUGCCAGGUGCCACCCUUGGGUGUGUUCCACCGCUCCCUGGCUAUCUCAAAGCCCUCAAAGCAGUCUGUGAGCGACACGGGGCACUCUUCAUUUUGGACGAAGUCAUGUCUGGUAUGGGACGUACCGGCACCCUUCACGCCUGGGAACAGGAAGGUGUUGUUCCAGAUCUACAAACCAUCGCUAAAGGGUUGGGCGCUGGUUACGCACCUAUUGCUGGGCUUCUCAUCAACAGACAUGUCGUUGAUACUCUAAACAAGGGAACAGGUGCAUUUGUCCACAGUCAAACAUAUCAAGGGCACCCUGUUGCCUGUGCAGCUGCCUACAGAGUGCAACAGAUCAUCCAGGAAGACAAUUUGCUUCCCAAUGUUCGGGAGAUGGGUGAAUACCUGGGUCGGCUUCUUCAUGAACGCUUGGACAAACACCCUCAUGUCGGCGAUAUCCGUGGCAGGGGAUUAUUCUGGGCUAUGGAAUUUGUCCAAGAUAGAGAGACUAAGGAGUCUUAUCCACCAUCCAAAGCUCUUUCGUGGACUCUGCACACCACAGGCCUCAAGCCUGAAUAUGCAAUUUCCUUGAUGCCUGGAAGUGGUGGUGCUGAUGGUGUCAAUGGGGAUCACAUUAUUCUUGCUCCUCCUUACAAUACCACACAAGAUGAGAUCAGGAUGAUUGUUGAUCGGACUGUUCGUGUGAUUGAGAAGGUUCUAGGUGAAUGUGACUAA